AUGAUCCCGAUGCCCGUGGUGGUUUGCGUGCUGGGGGGCUGGUGUGCCGUAUACCUGGCCGACACCGCACUGAAGGUGAGAGGGGCGCUUUCCCAGCCUCGGUUGCUAGAGAAGGAAUUUUUAUGGGAACUGUAGAACGAUACUUAACUUGCUUAAGGCUAGAGAAAGGGGAAACUGUAUGGAUGGUGCAAAUAUAGGACUAUAGUGGCAUCCCGAACGACUGCAAUACACCUUCCUUCCCAUAAUCUAAAGUCUAGAUUUUGCACGCACACACUCGAAUGCCUCCGUGCACACGCUCCGUCACUAGGGGGCGUGUAAUGCGGGAGUUGCUGAAAUGAAAGGCGAUGUACGGAUAUAGGAGUGAUUCUUCCCAUUUCUCCCGCGACAGAGCCCUUAACUGCUGCAAGAAGGCCAGGCAGAAAUUCAGCCGGUGCAGCUGUCCAAUGCCUUUCCUGUUCAAUGCUUGCCUGUCGUGCAGCUUAUAGAGGCACAAGAGAAAUAAGACUGAUUGUUUAAGUCUUGGGAUAUGCUCCUUUUCCUACAGAUGAAGUCCCGGUCCACCAUGCUUUUGCAUUUUUACCCACCAUGCCUCUCUUCACACGGAGUCGGGCAUCUGUAUCCAGGCUCCCUGUUUAUGCCAUAGCUGUCAACUUUCCCCUUUUCUUGCGAGGAAUCCUACUCGGAAAAAGGGAAUUUCCCUUAAAAAAAGGGAAACGUUGACAGCUAUGGUUUACGCCCAUUGUGCACAGGAAGCAGAGCUGCACAGGGGCCUAUCCAUAGUUUAUAUACACUGGAUUUUGUUUUGUUUGUAGUGUACAGACCACACAGAUUCCUAUGCAUGUUGAGGAUUUAGGUGUGUAGGUAGAGGGAGACAGAUGUUGUACUCCAUGUCUGCAUAGGAUGGUAUACACACACAGCAUGAGAGCCAGUGUGGUAUAAUGGUUAGCGUGCCAUGACCUGGGAGACCAGAGUUCAAAUCCCUACCCAACCAUGAAGCUUACUGGGUGACCUUAGCCAGUCACUAAGCUCUCAGCCUAAUUUACUGCGCAGGGUUGUUGUGAAGAUGAACUCCUUGAAAGACAAUGUGAUACAUAUAUGUAAUAGAUAAAUAAAAUAAGUGAUACUAGUAGCACUUUCUAGUAAAUGAUUCUGUGAUUUGCUGUUCACUCUUGGACUCUAGCAGUUAUUGAUUUUUCUAUCUUUUAAGAAGUGUGUCUUGUCUUUUUGAAAAGUUAUGUUUUUAACUUUAAUUUUGGAAGUGAGUUUCAUAGAUGAGGUGUGUGACACUAUAUUUAUAUUUGUGUGUGACUCCCCACACCGCCACAUUGGCUUAGGUUCAACGUAUGUUAGACUAAAGCUAAUGAUGUGUAAAAUUGUACAGCUGCGGCUGUCCAUAAGCUCUAAGGGUAUACAGCUGUAACUGCUGUUUGUUUUUACCUGACCUAAAGAACAGCCCAUCCUUGGAGUGGGAGAGUACAAACAGAGCUAGCAAAUGCAACAUGGACAGCGGGGGGACAAAUCAGCACAAAAUAAAAUGCGAAGGGUGCAAUAGAGAUGCCUGAAAUACUCCUGUGAAAUACCUUCUAUGUCUCACUGUUUUUUUCCUUCUGUUACAGUCAUCUUCCUCCCUGAAGACAUCUUACGAAGACUGGCUCACAUACUAUGGUCUAAGUAUCUCUCCGUUUCACAUGCGAUGGCAGACGGCGCUCUUCAACCGCCUGUUUUACAAUUGGGGAAGAUGGAAGCCCAGACUUCUUUAUCUAUGGUAUUGUUUUAGAACUAUAAUUCAGGCUUUAGUGAGACAAUUACUGGAAAUUCUUUUGUAUCCUGCUAGUAAAAACAGUUACCAUUCUGAGACUGAUUGCUUACACAAUAUUUUAUAGCUAAAUAGAAUAGCCUUUUGUUUUAGACUUGAAUAGCCUUUUUAUGUGUGUAUGUGACUUGUUUCACAUGCAAUAGAUGCAUGCUGCUGGUAUUGAAGACUUAGGAGUGAUAAGGCAGUUGCCCUGUAAAAUGGGAUGGUACACCUCAGGCCCCGGGGGCAAAAUGCACUCCUGCAAGUCCCUCUAUCUGGUCUUUGGGACACACACCUUUCUGAGCUCUGUUUUACAUCACAAGCUCUGCUUUACAUCUUCCUGGAGUGUUUUUGCUUGGCUGGAAUGUGUUCUGGUACUCUGAUAAUGCUUCUUGCUUGUCUAGAUGGAGGCUAGAGAGUGUGAAGAAACUAGAUUAGUGUAGAAAGGUAAAACUUCACAUGUGUUGUUCUGACCACUCUAACCCUGCACCCCAAAAGCUUGCCCAGAAGGGAAAUGCGACCUCUGGGCUAAGAAGAUUCCACACCCCUGUGGCUAAAUAAUGAAUGUACUGGUUCGGUUUGCCAAACUGGUCUUGGCAUCUGAUGUUGAGGAUGGCAGCAGGGCUUCAGUUCCCACUAGUGUGCUCUCAUUGGUCUUUGGGCAGUUCCAACAAAGCAUCCUCACAGUUUAGGAGUCCACUACUGAGAUUAUAUUAUGACAGCAUUUCUGCCUUCAUUUCAGGUUUAGUGCGGGAAUGUUUUUUGGCAUAGCUGCUAUGUUUGGUUCUGUUAUUCUCCUCGGGAAGACACUGAUGCAGACACUCUCUCAGAUGCUAAGUGAAGCGCCUGCCGGCCAGAAUGAUCAGAUGCUGCAAGUUGUGGUGAGUUUUAUUGCUCUACUUACAAUUUAAGCAUUGGACUGUAAUCUUAAACCAAUACCUCCAAAGAAGGCAUCUCCUUUUCAAUAGAGGGUUUCUCCAAACCUAGCAUUUUAAAAUACAUAUAUAAUUUUACUUAAAACUGUUUCUAGAUCACCUUGCCAAGGUGGCUUAUAAUAGCUGAAAAUACAAUGUGAAUCAAACACAGAAUUAAGAAUAGUAGUCCAGAGUGGGGAGCACUUUAUUCAACAAGGGCAAUCCUUUUUUAAAAAAAUAAUUAAAGGUACUAGCAAUGAUGCAAAGCUGAGCACUUCUGGAGAGGACCGUACCACAAUUUUGGAGUAGCUGAUGUAAAGGCCCUACCUUUAUGUGUCCAAAUGCAUCCCUUUCAGAUAAUUUAUGUACAUUCUUAUUUAUGUACAUGCCACCUUAUACGUACCUAUAUGAGCAUAAGUGCCAUUCAACCCAGUGGGGCUUACCUCUGGGUAGACAUGUAUAGAACUGUAAGGUUGCUUGUGGAGUUACCAAGACAUGGGAAUUAAGGAUAUACUCCAUAUGCUGUCUUAUUUGCCAUCACAACAAGUAUGCAACACAACAAUGAAUGCUGAAUGAUAAAAUAGGAGCUACAUUUUUUACGACUAUGCCUUCUACCAGGACAUGUUUCACAGACGAGCACCAUCCUUUUGGCAAGCCUCAAACAACCACUGUGAGGUUUGCUGGUAGGCCAAAGCAGUAGAUUUUGUUGGGCCCAGUCUUCUCUGCAGGCCUGAAACUCAGAAUGGCACAAUUAUGUUUUAGGGUAAGGAACUAACUGGAGAAUGCUUGGAUGUUUAUUAUUAUAGGCUUCCUGUAGUUUCCACAUAGACAGAGCCAGUUAUGUAGCACGAGAACCAGUGUGGUAUAAUGGAUAAAGUUAAGGAAUUGGGACAGGGAGCCCUGGGCUGGAGUUAGUGACAUUGAGUCCUAUCCCCACCAUAUAUCCAUAUAACCUACCUCACAGGAUUUUUGUGAGGGUAAAAGUGGGGUAACUUGCACAUAAGCUUCCCUGAGCUCCUUGAAGAGAAAGGUGGGACAUAAGGGCCUGUCUUUGCCUUGCUUGCUAUCCUGUAUCUUCUUGUGUCUUGUGAAAACAGGUGCCUGGUGUAAAUCUUCCCAUCAGCCAGCUGUCCUAUUUCUUCACAGCUAUCCUUAUCAGCGGCAUCAUACAUGAAGUUGGCCACGGGGUGGCAGCUAUCCGGUAAUGCAAUCCACUUUUUUCUUAACUUUGUGAUGAGAAAAGUUUCUGGAGGAUUUAAUUACGUGUGAAUAUGAUACCAUGUGAGCUUAUAGUGAGCAUAUGCUUAACCUCCCCUCAUCCAAAAUGAGAUUCAGCAAGGGGAUGAGGUGACGGAGAACUGCAGUCUUUGAAAUUAGUUUCAGAGGUGGAUAUCCACAAGCUUCCUUUUUCCAAACAUCCUUGGGACACUUGUGUAAAGCCUUCAGUAAAGUUAACCCCAGUUGCUCCUAGUAGGCCCUGAAGCUUUAUGAGGUAAAUUGGAAAGAAGACCAGUCAUUGUGUGGACAGCUGCAGGGAAAGAUGGCAGCCCAAACUCUGCAGAGCCAGCUUCUGGCUGUUCUCUUUUUCAGCUUUCAGCACCUGCUGUGAGCCUGAUAGGACAGGGAUUGCUUCUGCUAUUAAUAAAAGGGGAUCUGGCCCAGAGUAAUGAAUCAUCUCCUUCCUUCAUUAAUCUCCUUCAAUCACACCUCUUAACUCUCAGGUUCUUAGGAGUCUCCUUAUUCUUUCUGCCACCCCUUUUACCUAAUUGAACCAUUUAAAGUUGUUGUUCCACCUUUCUCUCUUAAAAUCCACCCUCUGUCCAGAGAGCUGGUGCAGAGACUGAGCUGUGAAGUCUCUUUUUCAACACUUGUCUCUGCCUUGAGAUUACUAGGCAAGCUGCACUUUCUCAUGUACAACAUUAUAAUACUAACGUACCUUACAGGGCUGUUGUAAGGACUGGAAGUUGCCUAUAAAUUUAUUUGGUGUGUUUCUAUCCCACCUUUCCUUCAGGGAACUCAAGGUGGCAUACAUUUUUUCCUCACAAUAACCCUGUGAGUUAGGCUAGGCUGAAUGACUGUGACUGGCCCAAGGUUAUCCAGUGAGCUUGAUGGCAGAGUUAGGAUUUGAACCCUGCUCUCCCAAGUUCUAGUCCAACACUCAGACCACAGCACUACACAGGCUACUGGACCUGGCUCAAGCUGUUAAUAUUAGCUUACAAGGCCCUAUAGCAUUCAGGGCCAGGUUACCUGAGAGAACACUUUCUCCCAUAGAGACUUGUAGGGUCACUGCAAUCAAGAUGUGCCACAUCUUGCAGGUGUCCAGAUGGCAACAACCAGGAAGAGAGCCUAUUUAGUGGUGGCACCCAUACUCUGGAAUCACCUCCAGCUCUCCCAGAAUGCAUCAACUAUUACAAUUUUGAUGUAUGCUGACAACCUUUUUGUUUUCCUGGGCUUUUUGCUUACCUUUAUGGUUUUUAUGUUUAUCUGGCUACUGAUUGUUUUCUAAUUUUAAUCAUAAUUGCAUAUUUGUUUGUAUUUUUUAUGACUGUACACCGCCUGAAAAACCUUGACUGACAGGCAGUAUACAAAUAUUUUUUAACAAAUAAUUGAUUCAGUGUUGCAAAUUUGUUUUAUUCCCGUUUCUUUUAGAGAGCAGGUUCGAUUCAACGGAUUUGGAAUCUUUAUAUUUAUUGUUUAUCCAGGGGCGUUUGUUGAUCUGUUCACCACCCACUUGCAACUCAUUUCCCCAAUCCAGCAGCUGAGAAUAUUUUGUGCAGGUAAAAUAACUUUCCCUUUUGUUAACGUAUAACAUAAAUUGUGCUGUGUGUUCCUUAGAACAUUUCGGUGUUGCAGAUGGAAUCUGGAAGUGCCUGGUAGAGCACUGGAGGAUGAGUUGUUUAGUUAUCCCAUAAGCCUAUAGCCUUGGAGCUGUUCAAAGCCUUUUGGAGCUGAGGUGUGCAAAGAUAAUACUUACCUGAUCAUGAAGGAGGUUUUCCCAGGGUGAGGCUCAUCCAUUGCACUGCAGGUGUGCUGCCCCCUGUGAUUUCCCCAAAUGCGGGCAACUCAACUGCAUUAAAAAAAGAAAAAGAAAAAAAGAUGUGAAAAAUAUCUUGAGCAGAGAUGUAGAGGUUUGUGUUGCCAAGCAAUGAGUCUGGCCUAAUCUAACAGCAGAUGUACAUGUACAUAAGCAUUCCCUAACUAGGUGCCCUGCAAAUUCUCUAGCAUGAUGGAAGCUGUAGCCCUAAAUAUCUGAUGUAGAUAGUAUUUUCUGUGAAUAUGCAAGCUGCAACAAAUUGGCAAUGUGUCUAUAUAUAGCUUCCCUGCCCUCACUUCCACAGUGAAUCAGGGGAUCCUACGUAGCAGUAACUUGCUGUGCUGAUCAGGUUCCUUCCAUCUUCUCCCAGGUGGGCCGAAAAUAAAUCUAGUUUUUUCUUUCUUCUCUCCCACUGAUUAUCUGUUUGGUGGGCAGAGGCCGGAACUAAAUCUAGAUCUCAGGGCUCAUAAAUCUCUAGACUGGGCUGUGUACUCACACUCCUUCAAGCUUAAUACAUCAGGGUCUGUAAUCGAAGGUACUGGAGUUGUCAACAACACAUGCAUCUUAGCACUACAAGAACAAUCAUGCCAGCAAUGGGUUGUUGUUUAAGAAAAGCAGGCAGAUGUAUAGUGGAAUACAAUCUGUCUUGCUAAUUGAAAUAGACUGUUAAGAGCAAAAAUUGUGUGUUGGGAUGGCUUCAAAUGGAAAAUAAGAUGGCUCAAUCACCCAUUUAAUUUGAGCGUUCAUGGAUAUUUUGCUUACGAGCAAGAGGAUUAGCGUUCUGGCUAAAUUUAUGUGCCAAUUUAGUUUUAAGCCAGAUGUGAUUUAAAACACUCUAAGGAGAAGAAUAUUAUUAUUAAAGCCAGCUAGUAAUGGAAAUGUAGACAAACCCUUAGCUACACGAUUAUAAACAGGCUGGUUUGUUAUACUUUCUUCAUGGCAACUCAAAGCCUCAAGGAAAUCCGAAGAAAUGAAAACUGGGACUGAAGUGCAAGGAUGAUGUAAAAACACAUUCAUAGCAAGCAUCUGUCAUCAGGUUUAAUUACUUUUGGCUUCUGCAAUAACUUGUUGGUUGAAAUGUGAAAUAAGAAUUACACCUCCGGUCUGGCAAAAUGUUCUACGAGAAAGAAAGACAUGCCAAAGUGGUAUGUGGGUUUGGCUGCGGUGACAGUUCACAAUUCACGUCUAGGGUGUGGGGUGAUGAUGUGGGGACUUGCCCCUUCAUAAAGGCUUUUUUCUUUUCUUUUGCAGAGCUAUAUUUGCAAAAAGAAAUUACUGAGCAAUCUCUCCACCCCACCCCGCAUAGAGCCAGGAUGGCUAACCCCUGGCUUUUCAGAUCAUCUGCAGGAGCGUCAUUAGUCAUGUCCUGAGCUGUCAAGGCUCAUUGGACAAUAACAUUAAACUGAAACUUUAGUGUUAAUGGCCCAGUCCUGUGGAAUACUCUGCCAAUAGAGAUUCGGCAGGUGCCUUCUGUGCCAACUUCCCCGAUGAAACUUUUCUUUUCUCUCAGGAGAUUAAGAAUGUAUCUUUCCAUAGUAGCUAAUUUCUGAUUUUAACUUUUUAAUUUGGUUUUUAUUGCAUACCUUUGUGCAUAAUUGUUGUAAACCUCUCUGGGUUGUUUUUUAAAAAAAUGAAUGGUGGUAAAUGUUUUGGGCCACAACUCCCGCCAUCCCUUAAAAUUGGCUGUGCUGGCUUGAGCUGAUGGGAGUUGGAGCCCAGCAACACCUGCCGACCACAAGUUAGUCACCUCUGAUGUAGAGCCUUACUGCUUCUAUAUAACUUCUGCUACGGCAAUUUUGGCACAGUUACUUGAAAGCAAGCCCAGUUGAAACUGGUGAUACAGCGGUACCUUGGGUUACAUACGCUUCAGGUUACAGACUCCACUAACCCAGAAAUAGUGCUUCAGGUUAAGAACUUUGCUUCAGGAUGAGAACAGAAAUUGUGCUCCGGCGGUGCAGCAGCAGCAGGAGGCCCCAUUAGCUAAAGUGGUGCUUCAGGUUAAGAACAGUUUCAGGUUAAGUACGGACCUCCGGAACGAAUUAAGUACUUAACCCGAGGUACCACUGUAGUGAUAAAGCACUUAGCAAUUACUUAUAUCUGUUUUCAUUUUUUUGCAGUAAUAUGUAUAUAUUAAUUCUCACUUACAUGGACAAUCUUGUAAAGUAGGAUAGUGUUGCCCUCUUCAAUUACAGAUGGGGACUCAGGCUAAAAAUUUGUGACUUGGGUGAGGCGAGAGUUGAACCAAUAGCCUUCUGGCUCACACUCUUGGCUGCUACACGAAUCCAGCUCUUAAACAGACUCUUAUGUCCAAAUAAUAGUGUGCAGGGUGGUCUAGCAACAUGUGACCCUUCCGUAUUUGUGCUCUUGUGUGGCUGGAUCAGUUGAGUCUGAAGGAACUAGCUAUGGCACCCAAAAGCUAUGAAAGCGUACUCUUUAUUGCGAGUCCUUGCUAUCCUUAUGAACAGUGUUCUGCUGACAUACUGUGAAUCAUGUGAUCGCUUUUCAAAGGUUGACUUAGGUCUGUUCAGUAUUCAUUCAGACUUCAAUCUUGCCUUUGAGAUCCCUUUCACAGACCCCACCUAUCGUCAUUGCAGCAAUGGCCCCUUUGUGUUUGAGGCUGGAUUGGUUCCCAUUCAUUAUUUAGUCUUGUGCGCUGCUGCUUUGUCCAUUGUUUAUUAAGAGUGAUGCGGCGUUUGCCUUGGAAGUUCUGCCAGGUACAGCCUUAGUCAGGGCUGGCACAUUACAGCGCAGUCUUAACCACAUCUACCCAGACUUUAUCCCUAUUGCAUUCAAUGGAGAUUACCCCCAUGUAAGUGGGGUUUGGAUUGCGUUGCCUUUGUCUUUGAGAUCUUAAUUUUAAAACCUUCCGUCUUGACGUAUAACUAGGAUGGUUUAUUCUUCUCCACUUAACAGUUUGUCACUGUCGUAAAUUUAGAAGCCAGUUCUAAUAAAUUAAGAUUCUGUUUCAUCUGCUGUUCGUUGCAUCGGUAGCCAGUGUGGGUUUUCUUUCUUAACACAUACGCUCCUUCUGUUUUUAUAGGAGUCUGGCAUAAUUUUGUUCUUGGAGUUGCAAGUCUUGUGGUCCUCUUCUUCCUGCCAGCUAUUCUUUUCCCAUUUUAUUACACUGGUGCUGGGGCACUCGUCACUGAACUCACAGAGGUAAGAGCCAUGAAUAACUCAGGAUUUAGAAAGAGUCCUCCAUAACUCUGGGCAACAAUUUUUUACUUUUUGAAUGUUGUCUAGAUUUCUACAACUGAUUUAGGGUAUUUUUGCACUGCUGAAUCAGAAAAUGGCAUCCGUUUCUCUCCAUCAGGUCAGAUUUACUGUAAACUGAAUGGUGGGCAUUGAUAAAGGUACGUACACAUAAACUGCAUGUUGCUUCACCAUUUUUCAAACUUCAGGGCUUGAACUUCUGUUUCUUGGAACUCCUGGAAUGCUCAGCGGCAGGGAGGUCUCUCUUCAGAGUCCAACAGUAGUCAGCCAUCAUGACUGCGUCCCAGCGACCCUGAUACCUGGUCUCCAUCUCUUUCAUGUCCUGAUGUCAUCUCUUUCAUUUCAUGUCAUCUCUUUCAUGUCCCCCUGCUUGUCACUCAUUGAACCCAGGUUCUCAGGAAACCGGUCCAUAUGUGAAAAUAGGUAGUGCAUCUUGACACUCAUGUUGCAGCCCAGGUUUCUGAAAGCAGUCAGCAUGUUGUUGACAAGUUCUGCGUAGUUUCUGGCCUUAUUGUUGCCAAGAAAGUUCUUCACUACCAGAACAAAUGCCUUUCACGCUUCCAGUUCCACUUCGUUCAUUGAAUUUCCGAACUCUGGAUCUCUGAUGAGCUGACGGAUCUGAGGACCGUCAAAGAUGCCAACUUUCAACUUCUCCAUGGUCAAUCCUGGAAAAGCCUGGCACAAGUAAGUGAAGCAGUCACCAUCCUUGUCCAGAGCCUUGGUGAACUGCUUGAUUAAGCCGAGCUUGACGUGCAGCGGUGGGAAGAGUAUUCUGUCUCUGUCCACCAGAGGGUCGUUGAUGACAUUCCUUUCUUUGCAAGGCACCAAUUCUUCCCGCACAGGCCAGUCCUUCUUCGUGUAAUGCUGAGCACGGUCCCUACUAUCCCACAUGCACAGAAAACAUGGGUACUUGGUGAAGCCAGACUGUUGUCCCAACAAAAAGUUCACCAUCUUCAGGUCAACACAAAUAAACCACUUAUGCUGAUCAUAACCAAUUUUCUCCAGCACAUACUUCACCGCUCCAUAGUUCUCCUUCAGUGUACUCGAGUGAGCCAGGGGUAUAGAGGCAAACUGGUUGCCGUUGUGUAGCAGAACACAUUUCAGUGAUCAUUUGCUGCUGUCAAUGAACAGUCUCCAAUCUUUGGGUUCGUACUGUGGCACUCCAAGCUUGAGCAGAAGCUGCGCAAUAUCUGCACAGUACACCAAGUCCUUCUCUUCCGAGAAAAAACGGAGGUACUCUUGAUGCCUGUUGCGGAAGAAGCUGAUGCGAGCACUGUCAGAGAGGAGGUUUUUUUUCCUUCAAUCUGGAUGCCAACAGUUCGGCAGAGUCCUUUGACAAGCUGAGGUCGCGAACUAGAUCAUUCAACUCCUUUUGGGAAAAUGGAUGUGGAGCAUCAUCUUCAAGAACCACUUCUUCUUCUUCAUGUCCUUCAACACUGGAGGCAUCUUCGUCACCAAUGUCAGGAAGUUCUCCGAAGAUAGGCACUGGAAUUUCAUCACAAUGAGCUACAGGACGACGUGCUGAUUGAAGACCAGGAUUAAUUUAGUUUUGAUCCCCCAACUUUAUGCUUUGCCGCACCAAUUUAUGGAAGAUUUUGAGGUUUUUUGACUUCAUACUGAUCCCUUUUCGACAUAAUCACCCAGAACUAUCGGACCUGAAUACUUCUUGUCAUUAAAAUAAUCAUUUCCAAUCAAAACAAUUAUUUGACAUGGCAUUUUACCCCCACCAACUUCUUCUAAAAUGCUCCACACAAGCAUACAUGUGAACAAAAGCGUAAAAAAACGACAUGUGGCCAUAACUCAAAAACUUGACCUGAUUGAGCAAAACCAAUGUGAUUUUUGGAUUCAGCACAUCAGAUUCGUCCUAAAUCAACUGAAAAAAUGCAGACAACAAAUUUGUUGUUGACCAGUGUAAUCUAUUAAGUCAAGCCCUGCAGUUCUUUCACUCCUCCCCAAACGUGUUUGUGCUAGGAAACUUGAUUUUUUGGUGCUGCUGCUUCAUGGAGCCCUGGGGCUGGGUGAAAUUGCUCAUCCCUGUUCCAUAAUAUGGUACUAAUUGCUAAAUUUUCCAUGUUAAUUGACCCAUUCAAAGUACUCCUUGUCCUAGAGCCAGAAAGGAUAUGCUGUUGCCACUGGAGCUUCCUUAGAAAAUUUGUAGCACCACUAAUGAUAAGUCCUGAUGCAAAGACUGUGGACUAGUAGUAGAAAGCGUAGUGAGACUGCCUCUGGCCAAAUUGACCUUGCAUACUGGGAUGGGCAGGGGCCCAUUGAUGGCGCAGGGUGGUGCAUUCAUGUAAUGAAACAAUAAAGAUUGGGAGAUAAUCAUAGAAUCGUGGCGUUGGAAAGGAUCAUAAGGGUCAUCUAGUCCAAUGCCCUGCAAUGCGGGAAUCUUUUGCCCAACGUGGGGCUUGAACCCACGACCUUGAGAUUAAGAGUCUCAUGCUCUACCAGUUGAGCUAUAAUAAAUCAGAAGUAAUCAUACUUGAAGCAAAGGGCCUGAAAAAGAAGCUCCCAGACAGACAUAGAUACAUAUACAUUCCAGUGCAGUCACCGUCACAAGGAAAUUUGUCCUUGGCCUAAUUUUAAAAAGUUUAUUGUUGAUACAGCACUUUAGAAAGUUACUGUGCUUCUUCUGGAAGGCAGGACAUUGUUAAGGUGGGUUUCUUUGGGGCCUUUUGGAGACAGAUGGCAACAAAAUGAACCCUGGAAUGGACAUUUUCACAUUAAGGCACUUGGCUAACUGUGAUGCCUCAAUUGCACUGUCUCAACUUUUGCCAAAACUUUUAAUUUUUCAUCAUAUCUUGUAUGAUAGCAAUUCAUGAAAUCCAAAGUGUGUAUUGACUGUGGUCUGCGCACAGCCAUAGUCCAGUUUUAGAACUAUGUUUUUAGGAAAUAUUCUUUGUUCCCCUUCCCAUUAGAGAUGUUACUCCUUCUGUAUUUUGGAAGAAUGGCAAGACACAGAGAGAUCCAGGCACUAUUUGGGACAAGGGUGCAUACAGGUUUUACAGCUUAAUGUUUUAUUGCACUUAGGAUUCUCCUGCUAAUGGGCCCAGAGGGCUUUUUGUUGGUGACCUUAUCACCAGUCUGCAAGACUGCUCAGUUCAUAGUGUGGAGGACUGGAAUUCCUGCCUGGGAAAGAUCUCUCUGAAGCCACAAACAGGCUAUUGCAUAAAGACAUCAGUGCUACAACAGCUAAGCUACCCAUCUAGAGGUAUAGUCGUUUCUAUGUUGUUGGUUGUUGUUAUUAUUAGUCAUUUUAAGGAUGGCAAAAACAAGGCCUUUGGCCAUUUCCCCCCUGUUAUAUCUGACAUUUUAGUUCUGAUGGCUGUCUUAGAAUUUGUAUUAGGGUUUUGGGGUUUAUGGUAAUAUUUUAAUUUUGUGAUCAGGGUUGGAAUGGGGAUUGUUAUAUAUUUUAAUACUAUUGUGAUAUUGAAUAUGUUAGCCACCAGGUUCUAUUGAAAAUUGGUUUUGGAAAUAUUUAAGUAUCUAAACAAAUGCCUGUGCAUAUAUCUUGCCUGUCUAGUACAUUCUUUCUGUGGCUGCCUGCUUAAGAUGGAUCAAAGCCAGAUAACAAAUAGAUGAGUAACCCAGUCAUGUGGUUUUAGUUUCUGCAGCGCAAACCGUAGUCUACACCCUGACAACUGGAAGAGCAGCCUAACCUUGGCAAAUGGGGCAGAUGCACCUCCCUUUGUCCUGUUCAACAUUGGGACAUUACUACUGUAGAAUAAUGAUCUGGGCUUGUAGAGCUGUAUCUAAAUUCAUAGGCUUCCUAAGUAGCUGAUAGGAUACUUCAUAAAGGGCUAUUUCUGGGCUCUUUACACCCCUCAUCUGUGCCAUCAUAUUCUCAAAACAGCAGUGAGGUUGAAGUCCAUCUAAGUGGGUGAGCACAAUUUGUGGUGACACAAAUUGUGCCCUUUAAGCUGUCUUAGCAGGAGCAUCUUAUAACUUUGGGCUAUGAGGCUAUGUAUCCUUCUUACACUGCACAAAAUAACAUUUCACUACUCAUUAGGUAUCCAAGAUCUCCAUCUCUUCUUUUUCUUUUCUGAUGUAACAUCGUGCCAGUUAGAAAAAAGACAAGAGGGUGUUCCCCAUCUCCACCCAUCUCUUGUCCUGUAUCCACAAGUUGGCUCCUUGAGUUCCUAGGAUUUAUAUUUUUUUAUGUCUGUGGUGAAAAAUGUAUAAACUUUAAUGACAGUUUUUCAUUAUGCUACUGUUAUAAAUAGCUUUGAGAUUCUCCUCAGGCCAAAAAAGAUCAGCAUAAAACAUGAAUCUAAAUAAAUAGAGCCUUUGGGGUUUAAAUAUUUUGUAGCUGUGCAUGUAAAAAUACUCAGCAGGCAGUUCUGUUACCAACAUUAUAUGUCUAUUUAAUUUGCAAUGAUAAAUGUAAUUCGAUUUAGGUAUGGCUAUACCUGCAACUUUCUUGCAAACAUAGGUUGCUUUUCAGCCAACUUGUCUGUCCAUGUGUGUUUGCUAAUAACCCUUAGUAACUGUAAUUUUGUAAGGGUUCUGGUUAUAACCAUUUACAGAUCCUUUGCCCUUGCUCAGAAUAACAGAUCCAAAGGCUCUUGUAUGCAUCAGUACUAAUUCAGCUGAAUGCUUUAGACUACAGACAGAGCUUCAAAGACAAGGGCUCAAGUGGGUUUAUUCAGCACGAACCCCCAAACAUGGUUUGAGUACCCUUGACAGUAUCUAGAUCAGGCAUAGGAAAACUCCGACCCUCCAGAUGUUUGGGACUACAAUUUCCAUCAUCCCUAGCUAACAGGACCAAUGGUCGGGGAUGAUGGGAAUUGUAGUUCCAAACAUCUGGCGGGCCGGAGUUUGCCUAUGCCUGAUCUAGAUGUUCCAGUUGAACUGUAUUCUUUUCCAUUCAAAAAAACCUUCACAAAAGUAUAUGGGAGAAAUAACUCCACCAUGAAUUGAUGACAACAUUUCUCACUAAAGCAUGAAGCUGUCACAGGGAACUGUGCCUUCUCUGAAGGAUAGUGGUGGCUGUUGAGUGUUUUGUUUCUUUCACUCGGGAGUACAAAUCUAGGAAGCUGUGAUUUCUGAAAAUCUAAUAAUGAGUUGUGUUUCUCUUUAGGUUUUAAAAGACUUGACGGCACUGUUGAAUGUUGUAGCAACAACAGCCUCACAGACGUCUGCUUUUCAUACAGUAAUAACUUAAACGGUCAGUCGGUAAGUUAGCUGUGCAAACUGUCAGAUCCAAACACCAAUAUAAAUAGUUGACAGGCACCACAAGGUUUGUUUUGAAACGUUGGAGUUGGGCUCUUAAACUGAACUUGGCAUAUUAAUCCAGUUGUAAACAUAUUAUCCUCAUAACACAAUCUGUGUACUUGAGAAACAGAAAUAAGGAAGUUGAGCAGUCAUACGUCUUCUGUUUACAUAACCAUUUGAAUCCUUUCCUACAUGCAAGCAAAUUGCAGUGACCUCCUGACACACGUUUAAGGCCUGAGCUAAGAUAGCUAAACUGGCAGCCAUUUAACUAAAUUUAAGGCUGGGUACUGGUUUUGAGGGGACACGGGUGGCACUGUGGUCUAAACCACAGAGCCUAGGGCUUGCCGAUCAGAAGGUCAGCGGUUCAAAUCCCUGCGACAGGGUGAGCUCCCGUUGCUCGGUCCCUGCUCCUGCCCACCUAGCAGUUCAAAAGCACGUCAAAGUGUAAGUAGAUAAAUAGGUAUCUGGUGGAAAGGUAAACGGCGUUUCCGUGUGCUGCUCUGGUUCGCCAGAAGCGGCUUAGUCACGUUGGCCACAUGACCCGGAAUCUGUACGCCGGCUCCCUCGGCCAAUAAAGCGAGAUGAGCGCUGCAACCCCAGAGUCGUCCGCGACUGGAGCUAACGGUCAGGGGUCCCUUUACCUUUACCUUACUGGUUUUGAAGGUCCUAAGCAGCUUGUGGCCAGGUUUCUAGAGGGAAAGCCUUCUUCCAUAUUGUCCAGUGCAGCAGCUGUAGCCUGCAAAAGAAGUCCUAUUAACCACCUCACAGCCUGCCAUGCCCAUACUUAGUGUUGUAGGGUGAUUACUUUCUCCACGGUGAUAAUUACUUUCCAGAACAAUUUAUUGUGGAGAUCUGGCAGGCUCUAACUGUUGUAUGUUUCUGCCAACAGUGGAAAAUACCUGUUUUACCUGGUUUUACUUGGCCUAGUUACUCUGAUCAAUAUUUUUAACUUUGUUUCAUUGCAAUAUUUUGUUGCUAGGAGGUGUGUGUGUGUGUGUGUGUGUGUGUGUUUCUAAAUGCCUCAGCAUUUCUUUUUAAAAUGAAAGAUAGUUCAUAACUUAUUUUAAUAAGCAGUGUCAAGAAGAUCAUGUAUGCCCAUGGGGCUGUAGCUUGGAGCAAGGGGUGAUAAAAGGGAUAUGCAUGUCAAAACUAGAAUAACUGGAUCACAGCCAUUCCCCGAAGUCCAGCUUUGUGUUUGAAGAAGACACAUGCAGUGAAAAGUGCUUGUGAAUGUGCACAUGAAGUGACUCCCUUAUGGGGAAAAGUUGCAACAUUUGGGACUUUUCACGUUAGAGAAAAGGAAAGAGGCGACAUGAUAGAAGUUUAUAAAAUUACACAUGGCAGGGAGAAAGUGGAUAGAAAAAAAAAAGCUUUUCUCUCUCUCAUAACGUUAGAACUGAUGGCCAUCCAAUUAAGCUGAAUGUUGGAACAUAUAAAAGCAAUUCUUCACACAGCACAUAGUUAAAACUAUGGAACUUACUCCCACAGAAUGUAGUGAUUGCCACAAACUUGGGUGGGUUUGGAAAAGGAUUGUACAGAUUCAUGCAGGAAAAGGCUAUCAAUUGCUACUAACUAGUUAUGAUGGCUAUUCUCUGCCUCCAUGGUCACAGGCAGCAAUGCUUCUGGGCAGCAGUUGCUGGGAGUCACAGGAGAGGGGAGAGGGCUCUUGCACUCAAAUCCCGCUUGCUGGUUUUCCACAGGCAUCUGGUCGGCCACUGUGAGAACAGGAUGCUGGACUAGAUGGGCCAUUGGCCUGAUCCAGCAAGCUCUUCUUCCACUGUUAUAGUCUCUACCUGAAUGUUUAUUUAACACCCCAGGUCCAGUAUGCCUGUCUGCCAGCACGGAAAGCUAUUGAGGCCAGCCAACUUUGCCGAACCAAUACGGAUUGCCGGAGGGAGUUUGUUCCAAGUUUGUGUGUGACGCCUUCUCUGGAAAACCAAACUAGGCUGAUCCGAGUGAAACAUCCACCUCAGAUGGAUAUGCUGUUUGUUGGGCACCCGCUGCAUCUCCAGUAUACAGGUUGGUAUGAUUUUGCAGGGAGAUUAUAAACAAAGCUGAGCAUGUGAGUAACUAAACCUCAUAGGAAAUUUGUCGGCAAGUUGCUGGUGUAGCUUCCGUUGAAUCCAGCCACCCCUCACCUUUAGCAGUACUUUAUCUGUGUGAUGAGCCUGUUUUCUGAGUCAGACUCAAAACUGCACUCCACUCUUCCUUCCUUCCCUUGAGCAGUUGCAGUAAAUGAAGUUAUUGGAAGGACCUCAAGGGUCAUCUAGUCCAAGCCCCUGCUUCAUGUGUUUAAAAAAACUUAGAUGCAGCAACAUGGAAAGGAUUUAAAGUUCUCUAAACUUUAAAGAAAUUGGGCUUUAUUUUGUAAGUGUGCCUUUCAUACCUGUUCAUAUCUAUUUUAUACUUGGGGAUGCAUAAGCAGAUAAUUGGGCCUAGGUAGGUGGUAUAGUUCAGGUAUCUGAAAAUAUUGCUGCCAGACCUUUAGAUAUGCCCAUAUCACACUUCCAUUUGAUUUCCACAGGCUGUCUAAGUUUAACAGGCUGUCAUUUAUUUAAACUAAUAUCUUUACCCGUGACAGGGCCUUCUUGGUGGUGGUUCUUUACUUCUGGAAUGCCCUCCCUGGUGAGGGGCAUCUGUCUCCCUCGUUAUUGAUUUCAGGGGGAAUUUUUCACCCAGGGGGAACAAUUCACCCAGGCUGAAAGAUACUAUUCCUGGCAAAGCUGAAAUCAUUAGCUGUGAAAAUACAUUAUUGUUUUUAGUUGUUCUUAAUGCUCUUAAAAAUGUUUUUUAUAUAUUUUGUAUUUAAUUGUGUUGCUUUGCUGCCUUGUUGUUUGCCACCUUGGGCUUCCUUGGGAGGAAGCAGGGAUCUAGAAGAAGAAGAAGAAGGAGAAGAAGAAGAAGAGAGCCCUGAUUCUGGCAGCAAAUUGUGUUUUUAAUCAGACUUCUCUGAAUGCUUAAAGUUUGUACCUUUGGUCUUAAAAACAAAUCUCAAAGAGCAGGGAUAAUCCUCUCAACAAUGUAGAUUAUUCCUCUUCCUACUUUUACCUUCCUUACCAUUUCUUCCUAGCUUGAAGUUAAGCCCUGACACCAAACAAUUGAGGAGUUGGAAUGGAAUCCAUUUCCUGUUUGUUGCUGCCUUUUCUGCUGUCAUAAUUGUGUCUGUGGUACUUCAAAUAAGAAUAUUUGCUUUAUAGACUUUGAUAAUAAGAAGUACAAGUGCUCAAUUGUAAAGUAGCCACAAGCACAUCAUAUGCUUAGGCCUAACGUUCUCAUAAAAUAGAGCUCAUUAAUGUAUGACUACAUUGGCAAUAGUAUAGGAGAACAAAAGCUAUAUUUGUCAUGAAUGAGAAAUGUUUGCAUUCUGCCAAAAUGUUCUUCACUUUCGUAGGCUUGUAAAACUUUCUUUUUUGUUAUUCUUUAAAGUGAGUCUCAGCAGUUUUGUACCUCGACACAGCUUCCUCAGUAUCGAUCUGCCUGUGGUAAUGGAAACAUUUUGCAAGUAUCCUUUGUUAUUUGUGUCAGCUUUUCUAGAGAAGACACUGCAAGUAUCUCUUAUAAAUAAAAGCACUUUUGAGGACCAAAACAAUUUGAUUUUUCAAAAAAGAGAUUGCUCUUAUCUAGGUUGUGUAGAUUUAGUUUAGAAUUAAAGCUUAUUACAUUUAUACAUUGCUUCCCACGAAGGGUUUCCACUACGGUAUGUGAAAUAUAGUGUUAGAUUUUCAGAUUCUAAUCCUAGCACUUCUGUCCUGUUUUCUAAUGUUCCUUUCACACUGCAGUACCUGUUACAUUAUUGAACUAAGGAUUUGUUACCAGUGUUGUGCUAUAUUCUGUUUAUACCGGUGGUUGUGGUGAGGCACAACAACAAACCUCAAUGGAGAACAUCACGACUCUCCAACCCUAUCCUCACAUGCAUUCCUCUGGUCCCCACGAUACCCCCAUACAAAGAGCAAGAAAGAAUUGUUUGCCAGUAUACUACCUAAAUUUUUGUCCCCUUCUAUGAUUUUCUGUGUUAAUGGGGCUGCAAAUGGAUUAUUUCGGGAACCAAUUAAUGCAGAAAUGAGUGCUGAACUUCUGCUAGUUCCCACUAGAUUUCCAGAAUUGGCUUUUAUGUUGUGUGAAAGCUCAAAUAUAACAUGGAAAUUAGAAGUUAGGGGAACAUCAGGGCAAUGGAAUAAACUGCUGUGGGAAUGCAAUGUAAGAAAAUCCUGAGGCGAUGUAUUCAACGGUUUAAGGGCUGAGAGCCAUUGGCAAGUUAAAGAUGCUUUAGCUCGACCAUUGGUACAGCCUUAUUGAGGAGUAAGGAGCGUCCUGCAACUCUAUGGACUGCCUUGUCUUUUUAUCAUGCUGUAGCAAUGCUCAGUCAAGUAGGGGAACCUAAGGCCCUCCAGAUGUUGUUGGACUCCAACUCCCAUCAUUCCUGACCGUUGUCCAUGCUGGAGCUCAUGGGAAGUGGAGUCUGAUAGCACCUGCAGGGCUACAGCUCCCCAUCACUGCUCUAGCUGCUUUAACUGUGUUGAAGCUGAAGGCUUUCUAAGAUUUGACUAAAUAAGUUGUAUAUUCAUAACUCCCUUAGAAAGGCUGUAUCUGUGAUGGAUAGGCCUGUAGGAUGCAAGGCCCUGCCAAGUCCAGCAGUCUUUCAUUCCUAUGCUAAAUAAUGCUUGUGGCUGACAGGUGUAACAAAUUAUACCCAUUAAAGUGUUUCACGGCACUUUGCAAAUGAGUACCAUACUGUGAGCAAUAUAUAAAUUUCUCUACAUGAAUAGGAAUGGUAUAUAGGUUUGGCUGUAAAUUAAGUGAUGGCCACUUAUUCUUUUGAUGAUCAUAACUGUGGCAUGGAAUAGAAAUGGUAUGGCCAAACCUCAGCUUUUGGUUUAUUUGGAUCGGUCUCCCAAGUUAGAAGCACACCUUCAUCUAUCCUCUAGAACAGGGUUUCCCAAACUUGGGUCUCCAGUGGAUUACAGUGCACAUUGUCCCUGCCCACUGGCCCUGCUAGCUAGGGAUAAUGGGAGCUGUAGUCCAAAAACAGCUGGAGACCCAAGUUUGGGGAACCCUGUUCUAGGAUGUAUGAAAUGUGGAAUUAGAAAUAUGUACACAGAAGUGAGAGUAGAAAUGUUGAUGUGAUAAUAGAGCACGUGUGUGCAUAAAGCAAGGAUAAAGGUAAAGGUAAAGGGACCCCUGACCGUUAGGUCCAGUCGUGGCCGACUCGGGGGUUGUGGCGCUCAUCUCAUUUUAUUGGCCAAGGGAGCCGGCGUACAGCUUCCGGGUCAUGUGGCCAGUAUGACUAAGCUGCUUCUGGCAAACCAGAGCAGCACACGGAAAUGCCAUUUACCUUCCCGCCGGAGCGGUACCUAUUUAUCUACUUGUACUUUGAUGUGCUAGGUUGGCAGGAGCUGGGACAGAGCAACGGGAGCUCACCCCGUCGCGGGGAUUCGAACCGCCAACCUUCUGAUCGGCAAGUCCUAGGCUCUGUGGUUUAACCCACAGCGCCACCCGUGUCCCAUAAAGCAAGGAUGGGCAUGGCUAUUCUUUUCAUGAAGCGGCAUACGUAGAGGAUGGCAGUGAAACCACCUCAUUCCUGUAGCCAAAUCUUUUAACUUGCAGUGUUUUCUUGCUGCAAUGAGUUUGCGUUUUCCGCUGAGCUCCAAUACAGUAAGUAAGCUGGUCUGGGGGGCGGGGAAUCAAAUCUUUUAAAAUGGAAUGCAGCAAUAUGAGGGCAGGUUUUCUUCCUCUCUGCCUUGUGCAGCAGAGCAAAGAAUACAGCACUCCCAGUUUACAUGUAAACGGUACAGAUACAUAUAAAUGGCACAGAUACAUGACUCCAUUGCUUCUUCCUGCCACAGAUACUCUGUGGCCAUUGCAUAUGCUCCAUCCUCACUGAGCUGUUUUGGGUUUCCUUCUCACUUAAAUUUUUUUUCUAACAUCUGCAUUCCUUGAGAAACCCACCCCCCUCCAACCCUAUUAUAAUACCCUCUCAAUGGUACAGGGUGCCAUUUGGGUUACCUAAGGAUUGGCACUUGGGAAAUGCAGUUGAUAUUAUAUACCAGGUGUGGGGAACCUUUGAUCCUCCACUUACUGCUGAACUACAGUUCCCAUCAUUCCUGGCCAUUGGCCUCGCUUGCAAGUUGCAAUUCAGCAACAUCUAGAGGGCCAAAGUUUCCACAAAACUGGUAUAUAUAAUCGCUAAGCUUCUAACUUAAGAACAAGGGGAAUGAGGUAGGAGGGUGGGGAAGUUAGACUAUAGAGCAAGAGUUUUGAAGGUCAUUUGAAAAAAAGAAAACCAGUUCAUUGAUGCUAAGGUGGCAUGCUAUAUCAAAGAAAUAUUAAAAUACAAUGUUUGGUGGCACUUUCUGGGUUUUUAUGUGUUCCAUUACCAGUCUUUCUCAAAUGAGGACAAUAUAAUUCAUGUUAAAACAGUUGUGUGGUGAAAUACUGUGUUUCCAAGGUUUAGACUGUAUCUUACAUUUAAAAUAUAAAAAUGCAAUCUUGUUUAUUCCCCUUAACCAAUUUUAACCAGGUAUCUGAUUUCCCUCUCUGGAGCGCUGGCUGUAAUCAACGCAGUCCCUUGCUUUGCUUUGGAUGGCCAGUGGAUAUUAAACUCUUUCCUGGAAGCUACUCUUAGCACGCUGGUUGUUGAAAAACAAAACAGGGAGCUAAUUGGCUUUUUAAUUUUGCUCUCUGGCAGCACACUUUUAGCUGCCAAUGUGGCGUUAGGACUUUGGGUGGUGACAGCCCGAUAG